UAUAAAUGUUGAAUAGAUAAAUAAAAUCUAAGAAAGUAAAAAAUCUGAUUAAAAAAUUCGAUGCAGAAGAUGAAGAUGAGCAUCAAGAAGAACAUGAAAGUCAAUAAGAAGAAAUAUAAUAAUAGACGAAACAAUCAUUAAAAUAAUUGUUAUCUGGAGUGAUAAAAAGAGAUGUAAAAAGUGAGAAAGCAAUUAUGGCAGAUAAAUAGAAGAUUUUAAAUGAACUUACAAGUGAAAAACAAAAAUAAAAAGAAAUAGGAAUAAAGAAGAACAUUAAAAAGUUAGAUAAAUGUAAAAUAAUAGGGCUGUAGUCGAAAAAGGACACAUUGAUCCAAGAGUAUCAACUAAUAGAGAUUAAGAAAGAGAGUUAAAAGUAAUUGCAGCUAAGGGUUUAGUAAAAGUGUUCAAUGUACUUGCAGAAAUGAGAUAAAAGCAAAAUGAAUGAAUUGUGGUGGAAUUUGUUUCUAUGUAUUUAAUUAAGUG